CCUCCACGGGCUUCAAACUCGCGCUUUCUCUCUUCAGAUUUAGCAUUUCCCCUCGAGUGCUUCUGGGCGCGCGUACUAUUCUGCGAUAGCUUCGAGUUGGACCGCGCAUAUUCCGCGGACGACCUUCGUUUGCUGACGCGCGACCUCGUUCCAGUUCUUGUUGCAAUUUUUGGCUCUAUAGCUGCAUCUUUUAGGACCACGUCGGUCGGACGCGUUCUCUGUCCGGGAAGUCGUCUGAAUCUCGGUGUGGCCUAGCUAUGAGCUUUUUACAGGAUUUGCUGCAAGGAGCAAUAGCAGAUAUGGAUCCUAGAGCUCCGUAUGCAAACACAAACAGCUCCGAGAGCUCGUAUACUGCCCCAAGCAGCCUGGUCACAGGCGACAGCAGCUGCGAGGCUUCAGCGUUCAGCCCCCAGAUCUUGGAGUUGAACGCAAAGCUUUCUUCACUUGACUUUGAAUUAUCCGAAGGCGAUAUCACGGAGAAAGGCUACAAGAAACGUCGGGCGCAGUUGCUUGAGGAGUAUGGUGUGUCUAUGGAUGGGGAGAUUACAAAUACUCCUGUAUUGGGUGCCGAUGAUGGUUUUCAAAAUAAGCAGCUGGCAUCGGUGGCAUCGAUGGCGUCGGUUUCAAGCUUACCUUUUCCUGCGAGACCUGAAUUUAGCGAAACACGAUCAAGUUCGAGCGCAGGACUGGGGACUGUUGAGAGCAUAAUACGCCACGAGUAUGAAUUCGAAGAUCAACAAAACGAAUCUGCUGCUCCCGAUUCGAACUAUAUGUUUUCCCUGUAUGGAAAUGAAGAGACACAUCAGGCUUCUUCAUACGGAUAUCCCCAGGACUUGGUGCUGCAAAUGCCGCUCGAUCCACGAGCAACAUCCGAAGCGAAUUUUGAUCCUCAAAACGGAAAGAGCGCGAUGGCGAAAUUUGAUAACCUGGCAGCUAUAUUACGGCACCGAGGUCGAAGCAACGCCAGAACGAAUGCGAUCGUCACUCUAGACGCAAAGGGAAAGGAAUUCUCGGCUAUCACAUGGGAUAAGUUGGCUUCUCGUGCUGAAAAGGUUGGCCAGGUGAUCAGAGACAAGUCCGGCCUCUAUCGUGGAGAUCGAGUUGCUUUGCUGUAUCGCGAGUCGGAAGUGGUUGAUUUUGCGGUUGCGUUACUGGGCUGCUUCUUGGCUGGCGUCGUUGCUGUUCCCAUCAACACGAUAACCAAAUUCAAGGACAUAACAUACAUUCUCAAUUAUACUCAGUCACAUCUCGCGCUCACGACAGAUGCAAACCUGAAAACGUUCCAUAGAGAUUUCACUGCAGCGGGACUGUCCUGGCCUCGGGGUGUUGAAUGGUGGAAGACAAAUGAGUUUGGCUCAUAUCACCCUCCCUCAAAGAAGGCGGAUCUCCCGGCACUGCAGGUUCCAGACCUAGCAUAUAUCGAAUACUCACGAGCCCCUACGGGUGAACUUCGGGGAGUUGUGAUGUCACACAAGACCAUGAUGCAUCAAAUGAGCUGUCUCUCAUCUAUUCUCUCGAGCAAGGACAAGCGCAGUGCAUCGUCGUCAAACUCGAUAACCAGAAGUCAGAACGUGUUGAGUUACUUGGAUCCCCGGCAGUCUAUCGGAAUGAUCAUGGGAGUAUUGAUGACGAUAUACGCUGGGAAUACCAUGACAUGGGUGCCCCAGUCUACAUUGGCUGUUCCUGGCCUUUACGCAAAUGUCAUCAGUAAAUUCAAGCCCUCAAUCUUGCUCGCUGAUUACCCCGGACUGAAACAGGUAGCGUACAAUUACCAGUCUUACCCUUUGGCAACCCGCAACUAUUCCAAGAAGCACCCGGUUGAUCUUUCAAGCAUAAAAUGGUGCUUGAUCGACUGCUUGACCGUUGAUACUGAAUUCCACGAGAUACUGGCUGAUAGAUGGUUCAAGCCUUUGGGAAACAAGCGUUACCAGACACUCGUUGUGCCGAUGUUGACCCUGUCCGAGCACGGUGGUAUGGUUAUCUCCAUGCGAGACUGGAUAGGAGGCCAAGAGGCUCUAGGAUGUCAGAUGCCGGAUGAAAUGGAGCCUGCAGAUGCCUUUGAGCUUUCAGAACUUCUGCUUGACAAGAAGGCUCUGUCAGCCAAUAAGGUGACGAUCCUCUCGACCAGGCCUCACAAAGACGGCUUCUUCAACGACUACAAUCCGCAGGAUAUCAUUCGUAUUGGAGCUUUCGGGUACCCUUUGCCAGAUGCAACUCUCGCUAUCGUGGACCCUGAAACCUGUAUCCUUGUUCCUGAACUGGUCGUGGGUGAGAUAUGGGUUGACAGUCCCUGCCUUAGCGGCGGGUUCUGGGGCUUGGGCCGCGAAACUGAGAUCAUCUUUCACGCUAGAUGCUGGGGCAACGAAGGCACUCUGGAGAUGGAAUUUUUGCGCACUGGUCUAUUGGGAUUCAUCUAUGCUGGUAAAGUCUACAUUCUGGGAUUGUAUGAAGAUCGUCUGCGCCAGCGCCGUGAAGUCGAUGAAGAUCAGAAUUCGACUACGAAUAGAACAGGCAUGGUAUACGAAGGACAGCGCAAUUACAGAUAUCAUUAUACCGCCCAUUUGGUACAAACAAUCAUGCAAACUAUCCCGAGGGUGUUUGACAGUUGCGCAUUUGAUAUAUUUGUGAACGAUGAGCAUCUGCCGGUUAUUCUACUCGAAUCGGCGCUCGCGGUCACGACUCCGGAGACACCCACUGGCCCUCCUCGCACGAUUGAUAUAGACGCUCUUGAGGCGAUGGCGGAGAAGUGUAUGGUUAUUCUUCGUGAGCGCCAUAAUGUCAGAAUAUACUGCGUAUUGAUCACAGCACCGAACACGCUUCCUCGGACGAUUCGGAACGGUCGGUCGGAAAUUGGAGCUAUGCUUUGCAGGAAAGAUUUUGAGACCGGAAUUUUGCCUUGCGUUCAUGUGAAGUUUGGAGUUGAUCAUGCGGUCAACAAUCUGGCUGUUGACCAAGCGGUGGAAGAUCACGGUGGAAUCUGGUCUGUCGCGUCAUCGAGGAUGAGAGACGAGCUUCUUGUUAAUGACGAUAAGCAAUACUCUGGAAUCGAUGACCGCGAUGUAGUGAUGGACGAUAGAACAGGACGCGAGCUUUCAAACUUCACGUCUAUUGUUGAUAUACUCCAGUACCGUGUUGUCUGUCAGCCUGAAGAGCUAUCCUUUUGUACGAUUGACGCCAGAUCUCGAGAGAACAAGGGCAUGUCGUGGAAGAAGUUUGAUGCACGGAUUGCUGCUGUCGGAUCGACGAUGAUCAACAAGUACAGACUUCGAGCGGGAGACGUUGUGAUUCUGAUAUACACACACGGAGAGGAUUUCGUGCACGCGGUACAUGCCUGUCUGACGUUGGGAAUCAUCGCCAUUCCUAUUCCUCCUCUGGACAAUAGCAGGCUGAGCGAAGAUGUGCCGGCGCUUUUGGGACUAGUGAAGGACUAUAAGCCUAAGGCUAUUCUCUUGAAUGCGGAGACUGAUCAUGCAAUUAAAAGCAAGGCUAUCGCGCAACAGAUCAAGCAGACAUGUCAUGCCGCGAAGCUUACGAUGCCGCCUACAUACAACACUAUGAAGACCAGCAAAGUCUCGGGAGGCUGCAAAGAUCUCAAGUUCAAGAUGAAUCCGGCAUGGAUCGCCCCUGGUCGAACCGCAUUGGUUUGGGUGCAUUGGACUGCGGACCAGAGGCGGGUCGCGGUUAAGCUGAGUCACGCUACGAUUCUUGAGAUGUGUAAGGUGCAGAAGGAGACCUGUCAGAUGCAGAGCUCGAAGCCUGUGGUGGGCUGUGUGCGGUCCAGUGUGGGCAUUGGGUUUUUACAUACGUGCUUUAUGGGAAUCUACGUCGGUGCCUCUACAUAUCUGAUCUCUCCGGUCGACUUUGCGGCUAAUCCGCAGCUAUACUUUUUGUCCCUCGCUCGCUACAAAGUCAAGGACACAUACGUGACUCCACAGAUGAUUGACCACGCGCUGACUUCGACGCCGAUGAAGAGCAACAGCCUUCGUGAUAUGCGCAAUCUCAUGAUAGCAUUCGAUGGUCGUCCACGGACUGAGCUUUUUGGAAAAGUGCGAGUUCAUUUCUCCUCAGGAGGGUUGGACGGCACGGCAAUCAAUUCAAUCUAUUCGCACGCUUUGAACCCUAUGAUCACAACCCGAUCAUACAUGUGCAUCGAGCCGAUUGAGCUGAAGCUGGAUCUACGUGAACUUCGUCGUGGGUUUAUUGCGGUGGCGCCUCCUGAUUCGAAGCGGCACACGCUGACUAUUCAGGAUAGCGGGAUGGUGCCGGUAUCGACACAUGUGCUGGUUGUACACCCCGAGACUCGACGGCUGUGUCGGAGCAGUGAGUAUGGUGAGAUCUGGGUUUCUUCGGGUGCGAAUGUGGACGGUAUCUACGAAAGCAAGGAUCCAUUUGACCAGAUGCGGUUCAGCUCGACGACAGUUGAGGCGGACGCGGGCCUGGAUGCAUAUAGCGAGCGAAAUCUCAAGUAUGUGCGGACGGGCGAUCUUGGGUUUUUGAGGACGGUAGCGCAGCCGGUUGGUCCUGGAGGCGCUAUGGUUGAUAUUCAGGUUCUGUUUGUGCUUGGGUGUAUUGGCGACACGUUUGAGGUUCGUGGCCUCAGCCAUUUUGCGCACGACAUUGAGCGCACGAUCGAGUACAGUCAUCGAACGAUUCCGUUGGGAUGCAGCGCGGUUUUCCAGACAGGAGGAGUCGUGGUUGCGGUUGUCGAAAGCAGUCGACAGAAGCAAUUCCUGGCCUCUCUGGUGCCGGUGGUGGUGAACGCGGUGAUGAACGAGCAUCAGAUGGUGCUUGACGUUGUUGCGUUUGUAGCCAAGGGCGAGUUCCCGCGGUCAAGACUUGCGGAGAAGCAGAGGGGCAAGAUCAUGGCGGCGUGGGUGAUGCGCAAGCUGAGAACCACAGCCCAGUUUACUGUUAGUAGCAGCACAGAGCUGCAAGCUAGAAUAGCUGCAGCGAAUGCGGCGACGCAGUAGGUGUUUUUGUAUUUUUCUUGUUUCUUACGAUUUCAUAUUGUACAUUUUUUUUCCUAGUCUUGGUUGAUACGAUAAGCAGUUUUGGUGAACAUUGGAGAUUUACAUACAGU